AUGAAGGCAUCCAUUCUAUGCGCUACGCUCCUUACAUCGGCAGUACUUGCCUUCCCCGCCAACCUCCUCAACAACCUCCCUGCUGAUCUCAGCGAUGAGGGGCUCGCAGAGAUCACAGAGCUGGCGGCGAAAAUCACCAGAGCGGUCGAGGAUAUGCCGGCAAACUUGGCCAAGCGACAACUUGGUGCUAGCAUCCUACCACCGAGUUUCGAUGCGGAUGCCCAACGCAUCAGCACCACGGUUUUCGGUAUGGGUCUCGAGCUCUCUGCUUUUCUGUCGGUCCUUGCCACCGUUAUGGGCGGCGACAUUGUCUCGUCUUCCAUCGGUGGCCCACCCAGCGGAGGCCUGCUUGGUGGACUCACUACAGGGCUUGGUCUCGUCGGAAAGCCGCAGGGUAUGAGCGGAACACACAACCGUUUCGAAGCCGACUGCUCUCCUACACGAGAGGAUCUGUACAAGAACGGCAACCCAGUAUCGCUGAACCUCCCUCAGUUCGAGGAACUCAUGGCCAUGCCUAUCGGUCCCAACGGCUACGACCUCACUGUCAUGCAUCCUUUCCGUGGCUCUAGAUACAACAACUCCGUCGCCACCAACGGACACUACUGGGCUGGGCCUCUGACCCACUACGCUAUCAACACUGCGACCUACCUGUUCACCUUUCACUUCUUCUCGAAUCACUCUGCAGAGUAUCCAUCAGGUUAUCUCGACGGAGAAACCCUCAAGUCUUUUGAAGGCGUCACAGGACAGAAAGGCAGCUUCAAGUGGGCUCGUGGUCAGGAGAGGAUUCCCGAGAACUGGUACCGCCGCGCUAUCGGUGAUGACUACGGAAUCGCAGCCUUCACCCUCGAUGCUGUAGGCGCACUGCAAGCCCUUCCCUACAUGGCCGUCGUCGGUGGCAACACUGGCGAGCCCAACACCUUCACCGGUGUCAACAUCGCCGACCUUACCGGCGGUGUCUUCAACGCCGAGACCCUGCUCGAAGACAACAACCUCAUGUGCUUCGCAUUCCAGGCUGUCAACUCCGCCAGCCCGGAUAUCUUGAAGGGUCUCCUCGGCAAUGUUCUGCUUGCUGUGCAGAAGUUGACCGAUGCCCUGAAUCCUAUCCUUGCGAAGCUUGGCUGCCCUGACCUUGCCAAGUACGACAAGUCUUUGCUUGCCAAGUUCCCGGGUGCUGGUGCUGGAAUUUAG